UAGCAAAAAUACAUGAGUUUGAUUUAACUUGUUUAGACUGUCGUGUUUUACAUUACCGAAAAGGGGCAACUUCGUGCAUUAAAUGUGACUACACUGUUUUAACGAGCGUGUGUGCUGUGUAAUAGCCAAGGGUCCUCGUAGCUUGCCUGAGGCUUUGCACAAGGCGUGUAAAAACACUUUGAUUUUUGAGGAUGAAUUUGGUCAAAAACAGGUCUUUGCACCCUCACCUGCGCGACGAAGAAGCGCUGGUGGUGGAAAACGCCAUCCGGCUGGCGAUAGACUCGAUAAUAAACGUGCUGUACGGCGUCAACAGUUCCAGGACUCAUGAGUACCAGCGAAUGGUGGUAGACAGGGACAAAGAGAUCCAGCGGCUGGAGUGCAGGCUGACUGAGAUCGAGCAGGAGCUGCAGGUGCUGCACCGGCAGGGAUGCACCUGCGGGCUGCUGGGAAACGAGCACAGCCUGGUGGGGUCACAGACCUCCGGUGAGAGGCAGGAGGGAGAGCAGAGGGGUUUCCAGACGGGCUGCAUUGACACCGAGAUGCCAGCAGGACAGAAGGAGUGUGAAAUGAGCAUCUCCUUAGGUCUUUUUGCAAGACCCCACUCACACGUCUCCUCCCAAAGCCAUGAGUCAGCUCUCCCUUCAUCCCCCAGCAGAAUGGGUCUGGACCAGACCUGCACCUCCCAUUCCUCAGAUACUUCAAGCGUAUCAGAGGUAGUCAGGAAUCUGCCAAAGUCUCCCAGCAGCAUCAUUGUCAAAGAAGAGCCGUGUGAUAUCGACACAGUUUUAAUCAAGUGGGAAAUGAGUGAGGAGAGAUAUGAGGCUCAUCAGGAGAGCACAGAUCCAGAAAAACUGGAGAACAGAGAGAGAGAAAAAUUGAGGGAGAAACCUCAAGCAGACAGCGGACUCCAAAUGGCUGAGGGAGAACACCUGAGGAACAAGAAGAAAGGCGUCCCGAUGUCGGAGCUGCCAGAAGAGGCCCAGAGACUGAAGAGAGCUGCCUGGCGAGCGGCUUCCAGACGUUAUUAUGCCCGAAAAAUAGCCCGUCAGCAGACAAACCCCUUGCGCCCUGGCGCCUUUCCCCACAUCACAGACUCUCAGUAUUCACAACCCAUCUCUUUUGUGGAUAAGAGGAGGAGGACACUAAUAUCCGAGUUACCUCAAGAGACUCAGACGUUGCAGAGGGAGGCAUGGAGAGCGGCAUCCAGGAGGUACUACGCACGAAAAAUGGCUCGCCAUCAGCCAGAGCCAAUACAGUAUGGACACCUUCUCCAGGACAUGGAGACACCUGAGGAAACACAGGGACCUAACAGAGGAGGAUCCCACACUAGCAGUGGAGGAAUUAUGUGCAGCUGAUAAAAUGAGGCUGCGGUCAUGCAGUUUUCUA